AUGAAUGCCAUGGAAACCAAGCUGGAGGAACAAGGAGAGGUUAUUAAAGGCACCCCACUCGGAGCAAGUUUAGAAGGGAAGGUGUGUAUAUAUGUACGGACGGGCAGAUGGAUGGAAAUCUAUACCCCGAUCAUCAUCGACGCUACCCCUCAAGAUCUCUCUGCACAGCCACGGCCACAAUCAACCUUUGAAAUUAUUAACUCACAGCUAAUGGAUGUUAUUGAAUCCUUGCGCAAAGAAGAGCCGAAGAAGGUGCAAUGA